GAAGUUGAGUUGAUUCGCAUAAAUUGCGAAUGUAUUUAUGUUGAUCCGCGGGACUCUACCCUUUGUUUAUUUAAUGACUUGCUGGCUGGACCCCGCUCCCCCUUCCUUUUCUUUUUGUUUGACUUUUUGGCGCAAUAAUAUUCACCUUGACCAUACACCGGUGUGCAAAAAAUUCACCGCACGCCGGUGCAUACAAAUUCACCACCGCCGUAAUGAUUCUUACGCGAUUUUUGUACUUAAUGGCGACUGGUCACACUGAGUCUUUAAAACGAUUUGGCUGAACAUCUGAGUUGUUUUUUUUUUUUUUUUUUGACAAUUAACUGUUUAAUUAUUUCUUGUAAGAUUUCGUCGUUGGUUUUUUUUUUUGUUUGGUGAGUUUUAGGUUAGGGCUGAUGUCAGAAGAUUAACAAAUACAUUUCGCUUAAAGAGCACGCACGAUCAUGGCCUGGGUUCCCAAUUCGCAGUUCGAAGAUGAUCUGGUCGCCAUGGAGCCGGAUUUCAAUCUUGUCCAUGGUCAGCUAGCCUACGAUAUCAAGAAACAAGAUGAGUUUUGCCCGCGACCCAAAAGCACAUACGAAUAUCUAAAAUCUCGGGAAAAGAGGAAUUCCGAGCUCGAAAAUCUCCACGGUAGCACAAGCGGAAAGGGUCGCGAAAUUCGGGAAAGCCUUCAGCUAAUGGAGAAAAUCCAGAAGAUAGCGGGCACAAGGCCGCUGGGUGAGCACGCCACAAUGGCAGAUUGGGAGGAUGACAGCACAAAGGAACUGGAGGCGAUAGCCAUGAUGCGACACUUCGGAAUGAUGUCCAUGGCGGAUGACUCGCUGCCCGUUUUGCCCGAAAUUAAAGCUCCAGAAGGACCCAUUCACAUUGUAAGAAACGGCCGGAAGCAAUUUCCUCUCAUCACGGACCCCGAAUUCUUCAGACCACGCAAGAUUCCCCGGCCGAAGAACCCCAGCCCAAGUGGAUCCUAUCACACUGCCAAAAGUUCAAUCAGUUCCAUCAGCCUGUAUGGAUCUUGCAAGUCCUAUUCAGGCAGCAGCCAGGAGCAGGGAGAGAUCAAGGAGUUCAAGCCGGGGAAAUACCUUGAAAUACCUUACCAACCGUUGGAAGAGAGUUCCGACCAGGACGUGAAAUCGCCGUUCCCCACUGAGGCGCAGCCUACCCAGUUUGGAAACCCAAUCAAUGCUAGAAGGGGGAACCACCGGGUCAGCCAAAAAGAACGUCGCCGGCAAAACGAAGUUAUCAAACCAAAGCAAUAACGUACCAAAGAAGUUUAUUUUAGUCAUGCGUUUAUCAGAAUCAAAAAUCAAACAUUCUUUUUAUAUAAGCACAUUUUUUAAUAAGGUUGAAUCAUGACGUUUUAGAUUCAUAGAAAUACGUGGCUAUGUCGUUUAGAAAACCGAAUUUAAAUUACACUUAAUCCGCAUUUGCACAUGUGUAUGUUGGUUGCCAAAUUUAAUCAGCAUUUUCAGAAAUACAAAGUCAUAGGAAGGUGCAAAUGCCGUACUUAAAUAGUUAACUAUUGCAUAAAAUAUAUCUUUAAAUUAAAUUCUUUAAUAUAAAUUAAUUCUGUCACAAGGAUAUUUUCCUAAUGAUUUGGUAAAUGAUCCCAAACC